AUGGCUCGGUUCAGCGCCUUCAAACCGAACGAAACGCAGAAGAAGAAGAGCCGGCUGAAUGGGUUUGGGAGGGCCAUGGUCAGGGCCAAGAAGGCCUUCCUCAAUGUUUUCAGUCCAAAAACUGCGCCUCAACUCACAACACUGAGACACCGAGACCUUUUCCAUCCAUCAAUCCACAGGACCAGGGUAAGUUGAAGUUUUUUGUGCACGUUACCUAAUUUAGCAUGACUAUUGGAUACGUUUUGAAAUUAUUGGGUAGUUCUGGGUCUAUUUUAUCAUUUUCUUUUAAAAUUAAAAAUAAAGUUAGUUUUUGGAGACCUUGGCUGUUUUUUGCCAAAAAUUAUAUUGUUUUAGGUUGAUUUUAAUGGUUUUCCAAGUCCUUUUGCUGCUUUUUCGACAUAUUUAGGUAUAAAAACUUCCUUAUAAGUAAAUUUUAACAGUUUUACGCAUGGAAGAUCCAUUUUUAGCUAAAUAUUGAACGUUACAACUAAAUUUAAAUGAAAUUUUAGGAUCUUAAGCGUUUUUAGGAAUAAUCUUACUUUCAGUACCCCCGAUCACGAUCAGAUUCAUCGUCCUCGAUGUCGUCGCUCGUGUCCGAGUCCUCAUCAGCAUACCCAUCGUGCAGAAAGCGAAAAGCCAAUGUCGAGUCGCCGAAAUGUCAACACAGUUCGGUGGCACAAAUGUCGCCAAGUGUGUCAUCGGCAAAGCCAUUCUUUCUGGAAGAAUCAAAGCCGAUCUUUACUGAUGGUGUGGGCGAUGAGACCGAGGAUGGUUCUGGCUACUCUUCUGUCUACCUGCCUCAUGACCACCGAAAACCAACUGACUUCCGAUCGGAGACUAGGCUACAUCAACAAGAAUUGAAGUUGACUCCUUUCUUGACGAGUUCGCCGGCUAAAUCGAAUCCACCUGUGAAGAAGAGACGUGUAGGGAACAUCAACAAAAAUAAGUUAAAGUAAGUUUUGUAAAAUGACCUUUGUUGGUGUAGGCAAAAAGGUGGUAUUUGCGCAACUCUAUGUUUUAGAUGUAUAAAUUUCAUGUUAUAUAAUUUUUAGGUUUAAAACAAUAGACAUUUAAAAAUCAUUUUAAUAUAUUAUAUAUAUUCUAACCUUACUAUUAUUUUUCAGUGAAUUCACCGACCUCGAUGAUACCAUUCAUAAUAUCACCAUGACAAUGCCAACCGUAGAUGCCCAAGAGGAUCCAUCGUCUAUUUGA